AUGCUGAAAUCAAUGCCGAAGGUCUUGAUGAUGAUGGACAGAUGUCAGCAUCAGAUUAUGAAAAGUUCUGUCAAAAAUAUAGCAGUAUGAAAACUUCAAAAAAAUGGCUGUUGAGUACUGGAACUGCUGUAGAAGACAAACUUUAUGACUUUAGACUAAAAUGCAUCCGGAAGCACUUUAUUGAUAAGGCAUUUGAAAAUUUGGGAGAUGUAGAGGCUGUGAGAGACGAAUCUUUUAGUCUCGCAUCAUCUGAAAGGAAGAAUAAAAAGCGAACUGUUUCCGCUCUAAUAAAGGUUAAAAGAAAGAUAUUAAGUCGAAAAGGAGAUCUGAUCAUUUGUAAAAACUCUUUGAAAUAUGGAUGUUCUGAA